ACCGUACUUGGCGCUUGCCAUCGCGCACGAUGGCGCCGGUGAUACUCUCGUCGCUCAGUCCACAUAUAUGCGUCCUCCCAUCGCAGGACCUAGAAGAGCUCCUCGAGGCCUCCGGUCUCCCGGACCUGCCAUCUAUCCUCCAGUCCUUCUCCCCGCUUCCCCAAGUGACGACGCGUACUUCUACUCUGACUUCUGUCCCCCACGCGUCCUUCGCUCUGCGAUUCUCCGACUUGCGGGAGAUUGAAGAGGCCUGCAAGGAAGAUGAGGAGCGCCGCGCCAUGCGGACAUUAGACUGGAUCGGAGGCCGUAUAAAUGCCAAGUGCAAGGCAUGGGUGGACGAAGCGACGAAGAGCGCGCCUGGAUCCAAGGAGCCCUGGUGGGAUGAGCUCAGGCGAUGUGCGGAGGGCGACAAUGUGCCAGACAAGAACGAGUGUUGGAAUCACCCGUCUGCGAUCAUGUUGGCCGUGUCUACGAACACAGCGAACCCUCUGCAGGCCAUUUCAAUGCUGCACUCGCGCGCGAUCGACCUUCCGCAGUGGGUAGACCCCGCAUGCCUGAAGUACACGCUUAUCCUCCAUACUCCCAACUCAUCUCUAUCUGACGACGAGGCUCAAGCGCUCUACAACGCCGUCAAGAAGCAAUAUGGACUUCACAGCUAUCUGCUUUCCCUCACAUUCCCCUCUCCGCCACCAGAUCCCGUGCCGGUCCCUGCGCUCAUGCCUAGAUUACCACGUCCGACUGCCGAAGGAUCCACGCCAGAAACACCGCCGCUCAGCUCACUGCGGUUAUGUGAGGCCGACAUUCAGACGACUGCGCGGUUCACUCGUGAAUUUGUGGUUAUGUCCCUCAUCCCCUGGAUGGAGCAACGCGUGAUGGAGUGGAAUGAGAACUUCGUCUCUGCCAGACGGCUACCAUCCCGCCUGUUCUCCUCUACGCGGCGCCUUUUCGGAUCCGCAUCCGCGUCACCGGCUCCUGCGACCCCACAACAUCACGCUGGCUCCUCAUCCGUCUCUUAUACACCCCACCGCUCAUCCACUUACGCCGCGCCUUCGUCGAACGCAGCAGGCGCAGUCGGUCCGCCACCACAACCACGUCGACUGGCUGAGUUCUCUACAAUCCUUGGAGACUUCAAGCUCGCUGUGUCUGUAUGGGAGGCAAUAAGGAAGGAUGGGAAGGGUGGUUGGGAUAUUCUGCCGCUACUGCUAUCUCCAUCACCGACUUUGUCGGCGUAUGCGUCUGCGAGUCUCGCAUCGCUGAUGAACGUGCCGCAUCCACCAUCAGAAAUCCCAGCGCACGUCCAGGUGAAGUCGCUGGUGUAUGCUGUACGGUGGGCAGCAGGAAUCGACCAGGCAGACUUCCUGAGCGACGAGCUGGAAGGCGAGAGGUGGUUGGCAUGGGCAUCUGGCGAUGCAGAAGAAGCGCCGUCGUCAUUGCUACUGGCACAUGCGGCCCACCUCAGUGCAUUCAGGAAGCGGGCACCCAAGCUUCGGAGAGCAGGGUUGUGGUACGUGUCCGCCGCAAAGAGGCUGGAGAAGUGCGGCAUCCGUCCUCUGACCAUCCACUUCCUCCGCGUGGCGCACGAGCUAUUUUCUGCGCCGCCGCCAUACGCGAAUACGCUCACGCUGUCACCGUCCUUUUGGGACUCGGAGAACGUGCCUGCUCCUUCGCUCUCUGGGAAGACGGGCGACGAUCAGAGGACUGGCUGGGAAGAGAUGAUGACGGGGAUAGAGCAACCCUUGGGACGGCUCUUGUAUACGAACGGCGACGUUGUCGCAGCCAUUGAGCUAUUCCUGUCCUUGCUCCGGCUUACCGUCAAGGUCAACCUGAACACCCCAACGUGGAGGACAGCCGAUGCGGCAUUGACCAACGGCGCUGUCGAUGGCGAGAAGGCAUCUGUUCCUCCUGAGGGCAAGGACAAGCCAUUCCUGGACGACUUCAGAACCGCGUACUCGCACUACCUUUCGACCCUCUCCUCGCCGAAUGACAGCGAAGUCAAGGUUGAACUACCAUUUCGGUUCUCGCAAGCGCGAGAGACGAAGGUCCGCGUACCGGGGAACACGCUGGGCGGAAAGGCGGUCAGCAAUGCGUGGGCGGCGAGGGAAGAUGUCUGGAAGUCUUUUGCGAAGAAGCAGGGUUUGUCGACACCGAAAGGCUACUUGGUAGACUGCGAUGAUAGCGCACCGAUUGUGGCCGAAACUUUCUGGGUCGACGUGGCAUUGCGAAAUCCUCUGGAGGCUGAUGUCUUUCUGAAUAACUUGACGCUCAAGCUCGCGGAUGAAGACGUUGGCGGAGUGGAUAUCGAAGUUCUUGACGAUAUCCAGCUUGGGCCUCGCGAGACUCGUACGAUACCAAUUGCCGUCACAGCGCAUCGACCAGCCUCUCUCACCUUUGCAUACGUGACCUACACCUUCCUGUCCCUUCUCCCUGCGAAGGAGCCGCUUACUUAUCGAGGCACGCGACUACACGCGACGCCCGCCCAGCGACAGAAUGCGACAUACGCGCCUGAUGUACCGCUGAAGGCCGCCGUGCGCGAUCGCGCGCAUCGCUUACAAGCUCGCUUCGUGGACGACACCGACGGCCACACGCUGCUGCUCAAUGAGGGCGAGACGCGGAACCUCACCCUGCGUAUAUCGAACGACGGCUUGCGGCCAGUGGGCGAGCUGUGGAUCGUGCCUAGCGAGCGAGAUGAGGACGACGUCUGGUGGGCCGAGGUUGAGGUUGACGAGGCGGAGAAGGUCGAAGGCGAGCAAGAGGUCGUCCGCUCAGAGAAUAGCUUGUUGCCGCCACCGCCGAUGCGUAUACCGCUUCGAAAUUCGGCAGGGGAAUCAGUGCUGCAGCCUGGGGAGUCGACAGAACUGCCGAUCACUCUGCAUGCCACGAAUGUGGGUGAGAGGGAGCUGUCGCUGCUGUUCGUCUACCGUCAGGACGGUUCUGAGUCAUUCUACCCUACCCGACUGACGCGCUUCUACGAUGUUCGGCAAGCGUUCGCGGCCAGCAUGCGCGCACGACCUUCAUUAUCCUCGGAUCACCUCUUCGUCGUCGAUGUCGCCGUACAGAACAAGUCCCUCAGUUCCGUACAAAUCACACAAGUGACAACCUUGAGCCCAACCUGGCGGCUGCAGCCUGUUGUGCAGGACAUGAACAUUCUCAUGGCGCCUCGGCAAAAUACGCGGUUCAUGUUCGCUGCCGAUCCAUGGGAUGCGCAAUCUGGUUCACGGGAAACCCGCGAGUUCGUGAAGCAAAAGCUGAAGGGGAUUGUCAAUGGCACGGAGCUCAAUGAAUCAUCCCCACCACCAAUCGACCUCCUCUGCUGCCACACGCCGCUAUCCGACCACCAGCGAACGCAUCUAUCUCCUGCCUUGCGCCACUUUGUCCUUGCUGGCCGGCGCAACCUUAUCACACGCACCAACGCCUUUACCUUCCCCUACAUCCCGCCCCAGAUGCACCCAUACAUCUUUCCCCUCUACAACCCCGCUUCCGUCGAUGCAGUCCUCUUCUGGACCAUGCCCUCACAGCAACGGUCAGGUCAUAUCCUGGUCUCGGGCCUGCGCAUGGGCGCAUCACAUGCGCCGCUUCGCGAUAUCGUCGAGGCGGCGGAGAGCGCGAAGGUGAAGCGGAGCAUGUAUGCGGAGACGCAGCGGGAGCGGGCGGAGGUGCUCACGGCUGUCCGGGCGAGUGAGUGGAAUAUGGAGAUGGAUCCGCUGGUGGUGCGUGCGUUGGCCGGGUCGAGGGUAGAGCAUGAUUUCUCGAGAGGGCCUCUCCGAAUACCUGUACCCUUCGCGGUGCGGAACUUCUCGCAAUCGCAUAUCUGUGGCUUCGCUCUCAAGUUCUCGAGCACUACGGGCGUGUAUCCGCCUUCAGCGCAAAUACAACCGCCACCAUACUCUGGUCGUCUAACAUUUCGCGGUCGCCUUGCACCAUGUCAAAGCACGACCAUAACACCCAGCUUAUGGAUCACGCGACCGGGCACCUACAGCUUGGGCAACUGGAAAGCAGAAACAGAGGUGUACGAGCAAGAGACCGCGGGCGGUACCCCCGCCGUGCGCCACCGAUAUCUGCAGACUCCCGCCUCGGGAGACGACGUGUAUAUCAGCGUCAGUGAUAUUGUGCGUAGAUAGAUAGUCGCGUGUACUACAACGGGUACCAUAUAUACCGCGUGCUGGGCAUAUACCAUCGUUAAAGAGCCAUUUCCGGAUGCUUGUCGUGAGUUUGUAGUGAGACAUCACGCAUCAUGAGAGAGGACUCGGUGGGGAAGACGGACGGCGGUUGCGCGCUUCGGCCUCUUCAAUUUCGCGCUUGAUGCGCUCCUUCUCCUUCGCGAUGGCGGCGGCGCGAAGCUUCUUCAUGUGCAUGUUGAAGAAGGUCUGAAGGUGAUGUCAGGGGAUGCGGGGUAGGACAGAAGGGGAACGUACUCCUAGCACGAACUGGACGGCAUUGAAGAAGAGAACCCAAAGCUCGACGGGAAUGAAUCCCUGG